AACUCUUAUAUAUAGAGUUGAAACUGUGAUGAAUAGAGAACCUUACAUAACCGCAAAGUUGUCACGAAACCAUACUAGGUGACAUCGCCGAGUAUACUAUUUGUUUACAAGUAUGCAGAGGUUACAGAUUAGUUCUCGGCCAUCCGAAGAGUUUCUGAUUAACCUCUUGCCGGAUUCUUCAAGCCCCGACGAUCUCUCGGUCUAUGACGUCGCCAAGAAGGACCUGAUGCUCCACAACAAUAGUUACAAGUCUGUCAAUGGAGAGAGAGCUAUUCACAUAAUCCCUCUUGUUCUCUUUUUAUGUGCUUUUGUUCUUUGGGCUUUUUCAAGUGCUCCUACUACUAGCACUAAUAACAUGCAAACAUAAAGCAAUAUGACCUUUCGUUGAUUUGUGAUCAC